AAGUGUCUCAAAUAGCUGAUCCCUCAUUAAGACUCCCGGACAAACAAUGGGAUUACGAAAAGUGAUGUCCGUUGGUUCUGAUGCUGCGAGUUAUAAAAGUCGGCAGGGUCCUGACUGGAUAUAAUUCAACGGUGAACCAGGAUCGGGUUAAGUUCUUCGGCAAUUUCUGUUUCUACACAUGGACGUGAUCAUGGAGGGAAACCGUGCUGUUUUCGUCGCUGUUUUUCUAAUCACCAUAAUGUCGUUCUUCGAAAGUAGCGAGGCGAUCAAGUGUAGUAUCUGCCGCGCGACCAAGUCCGCCACGAGUGGGACCUGGUCAGAUGACGCCGAGUGCAUGUUCUACCCGCCCCAGACCCAGGCAUGCGACAGUGACAGGUACACAGACUGCGUCACAACACUGAAGUUCGACAUCACAGGAAGCACAGUCGGCAUCACCCGCGACUGCGAACAAACAAACUUUAAGACCUGCUGGUCACAGCUCCCUCUGACGCCCCGCGGCCAACAGACCUCAGCUGUGCAGCCCCACCAACCCUCCAAAGUAUGCUCCUGGACAUGCGGAACGGACAGCUGCAAUGCGACACCUAUCGGCUAAAGUUACAACGGAAACGAGAACUCACCGGAACGAAAUGACUUCGAAUUUGUAACCUGAAUUCAUCUUGAUCAUGAUGAAGGUACAAACAUCACUGACCCGUGCACAAAAUAUACGAUCACUUUAUGUUUGUUCGGUUGUGGCUCAGGUUUCAAAUAUGUACAUGUUUUUCCCAUUCUGAGCACACCUUAAUUCGACUCUCGUUGUAUUUGGUUUAUUUUGCUUGCCUGCAGGACUGUUUUGGGCUGUCAAAUUGGGCCGUUGUCAAACGUCUCGAAUCCAACAGUCAAGAUUUCAUUUUACUCAGUGCGAAAGCGAAAUGGGAAAUUGCAGUUUACGAUUUACAUUCACUGUGCAAAUGGACGAAGUAGGGCUAGACUACAGGAUUUGUCGUCAAAAUAUCCAGUUAAUACCAGGCAAUCAAUGUGAUAAAUAUAGAAGUGUAUGCUAUACUGUCAUUGUCAAAAGGGGGUCUUUCUCAAAGUAAAAUAGACUCUCCUGUUGUGUUACCCGCAUUGAACAAUAGACAAGGUGGCCUUUCGACCUGGGCGUCAGGCGUAUUCACCUCCCCUCGCAUACGUCCCUGAGCUCGGUUGUAAGUGCUCGCCUGAAGUUCAGGAUUCAUUUCAGUUUUACUUAAUUUUGCUCAAGAUGAAUGUUUGAAAAUCUGAAAUGUCAUUGAAACCAUGUCACA